ACCCUAAGCCCGGGAUUGGAUAGGGCAAACGGGUGCAGAACUUUGAAAGAAGUUUACAGACUGAGAAGAGGAGGUUAUAAUGGGAGGUCCACUGUGCCGAUGCUAUGGGAUGCGGAGAGGAAGGAGGUGAUUUGCAAUGAAAGUUCUGAUAUAAUCGAAUUGUUCAAUUCGGGCCUAAACGGGUUGGCUGAGAAUCCGGGUUUGGAUCUCUCACCGCCAUUGUUGAAGGGAAAGAUUAAAGAAUGGAACAGCAUUAUAUAUCCCAAUGUCAACAAUGGAGUUUAUAGAUGUGGAUUUGCACAGAGUCAAGAAGCAUAUGACAAAGCUGUCAAUGAGCUAUUUUCAACUCUCGACGUGUUAAACGAUCAUUUGGGCCGUUGGCGAUUCUUGUGUGGCGAAAGCUUGACUCUGGCUGACGUUUGCUUGUUUACAACCUUGAUUCGGUUUGAUCUGGUGUAUAAUGUUCUGUUUAAAUGCACAAAGAAGAAACUGCUUGAGUAUGCAAAUCUUCAUGGCUAUAUGCGAGACAUUUAUCAGAUUCCAAAGGUUGCAGCAACUUGUAACUUUACAGCAAUAAUGGAUGGCUACUACAAAACAUUGUUUCCACUAAAUCCAGGAAAUAUUCGACCAACCAUGCCUACCAGUUGCUAUCAUGAAGCACUAUCAGUACCAUCCAAAAGGUAGUCACUGCCAUUAAUAGACAGCAGCAAGCAGGUUUCAGUUUGA